GGCUCCACAGCUCGAGAGAUUAAUCUGUGGUUUGGCCUGAGGGGGAUGAUCCAGGAGGGAGGUGUGCUUUCACUUUGGAGGGGAAAUGGUAUCAACGUCCUCAAAAUUGCCCCUGAAUCUGCCAUUAAGUUUAUGGCCUACGAACAGAUCAAGUGGCUGAUCCGAGGUAAUAAAGAGGGUGGCAGUUUAAGGGUACAAGAGAGGUUCAUUGCUGGGUCGCUUGCAGGAGCUACUGCCCAGACUAUCAUCUAUCCCAUGGAGGUGCUGAAAACUCGCCUUACAUUAAGGAAGACCGGACAAUACUCAGGUAUGGCUGACUGUGCCCGACAGAUUCUGAAGACUGAGGGCAUCCGAGCAUUCUACAGAGGAUACCUGCCCAAUACAAUGGGCAUCAUUCCAUAUGCUGGCAUUGACUUGGCUGUGUAUGAGACCCUGAAGAAUGCCUGGCUCCAGAGGUACUGUGUCAACUCAGCAGACCCAGGAGUUUUGGUCCUGCUGGGCUGUGGCACUAUCUCCAGCACCUGUGGCCAGCUAGCGUCAUAUCCCCUCGCUCUCAUCCGGACUCGCAUGCAGGCACAGGCCAUUACUGAGGGUAAAACCAAGCUGACCAUGGUGGGUCAGUUCAAAUACAUCAUAUCUCAUGAAGGUGUGCCAGGUCUGUACCGAGGCAUCACGCCCAACUUCCUCAAAGUUAUUCCUGCUGUCAGCAUCUCCUAUGUGGUCUACGAGCACAUGAAGAAGGCCCUCGGAGUGGUUUACUAGACUGAUGCGACAAACACAAAGAACGGUGGAGGCAGAGACACAUUUUGCUUGUUAGAAGAAGCAGAAGUGGAGAAUUAAGCUUCUCGGGACUCGGAAGAGAGAAGAUGAAGGAUCAAUGCACUGAUGCCAUAAAACGUCUGUUGACACCAUCAACUUCCAACCUUUUUAAAGUGCAGGUAGUAGGUCAGUAGGAUAAAUUUAUUGAUCUUGGAGAGGAGAAUGAGGCUAUUGAUGCCCACUCUAACACUAUUAUGUUAUGUUUGAGGAAUCAUCAAAAAGUUCUUAGGAAUUCUUACCCUAUUCUCCUCACCCUUAUCCAGAUGGACUCACUUGCAGCUGCUAUUUUUAGUGUUCUCCUUCUUCAUCCGAUGUCUCAGCACAUUUCAGUCUGACUCCACAUUUACAUUGUCAUAAAUUUAUAAUGCACAGUACAUGUCACAAAAAAGGACAAGGAUUCUCCUGAUCUUGUUUCUCACUUUUUUCCAUGGCCCUUUUUCCAGAAUGUUUGGAUAACGUCUCUUACAAGCAAGAGUUGAAUCCCAGAAUAUUUGUUAUGUAAGCAACAUUUUGGAUUGGUUUAAAGGUAUCAAUAUGUAGUAUAUCAAUAUCUGAUAAUGCUACAAAAUACGUGAGAUUCCAACAACGGGUUAUCAGAUUCCAAAAAGGAGGACUUUUCAUAAUUUUGUCCAAAGAAACAUGAGGUAAACAGCUAGGUUUGCUUGUUCAAGUUAUAAAAUAAUAUAGAAGCAGUGUGUGCAUGUGAGCUGCAGCAUGACUUAGCUGUGCAUUGCUGUAAACCUUUGAAACCUUCAACUGUUUUGCUGCUAGCUAUUGAUGGAAACUACAUUUAAAUAAAUGGAGAAGAUGGAUUUCUUGCAUAUAGUGAAAAUGUGGAUGUGAACACAAAACUUGGUUUGAUAUGAGGAGUUUAUGCUCCAUUUUUUUCAACAGUGUUUCUUCCUGCAAGUUUCCAAAAGGAACAGGAUGAGAAAAAAAAAAUCUUAGCUUACACAAACCUAGAUGUAAUCUUAAAAGGACUAUAGGCCAUCUCCUGACCUAUGACAGACGGGAUAUGUAUGGGCAGAAAUCUGUGCCAUCAGAAACUGAAUUUGAAUAAGUUAAAUUUGAAUUUGAAUUGCUCAGAUUGAAUCUGAAUUGUGACUUGAAUAAAUGCUUUUG